ACAAUUUUAAUUAUGACGAUUACGGAUAUUCAAACAAAUAAAGACAAUGAAUGUGGAGAUUUAAAAAAACCAAAUGAGACAAAUGAAACGGAAAAGCAGAUAAAAGAACUACAUGAAAAACAAAACAACAUGACACCGGCAACAGAAAAAAAGUUACCAAGCGAGCCAGAGAUCGAUAAACAAAUUUCAAAUGACGGAAAUACAACAUCUUUCAAAGAGCAAAAUGUUGAUAUGGAAAUUAGCACUGGUGAUGUAUAUGCUAUUCGAAGACCAGAUGGCACUGUACACCCAGCUCAAAUUAUACAAUGCAGAAGUGAAGAAACAUCUAAUGCUCCAGCUGAAUUUUAUGUUCACUAUGUUGGUCUGAAUAGAAGGUUAGAUGAAUGGGUCUCUCGUGAUCGAAUAACUGAUGUAACAGAUGUUGAUAGCGCUGCCGGAUCCGAUGUAGCAGAUAGCAACAAUGCGAAGACACUUAAACAGUUAAGUAAAGAACAAAUCGCGUCUUUAGAAAAUCCUUUACCAUUGGAAAACAGCGACCGCAAAUUAACGCGUAAUCAAAAAAGACGUCAUGAUGAAAUUAAUCAUGUUCAAAAAACUUAUGCUGAAAUGGAUCCAACAACGGCGGCUUUAGAAAAAGAGCAUGAAGCAAUAACUAAAGUGAAAUAUAUUGACAAAUUACGUAUUGGACGGUAUGAAAUUGAUACGUGGUACUUCAGUCCAUAUCCAGAGGAGUAUGGCAAAGAAAGUACACUUUACGUUUGCGAAUAUUGCUUAAAAUAUAUGAGAUUUCAAAAAACAUAUCGAUAUCAUGCUUCAGACUGUUCAAAACGACAACCUCCUGGAAACGAAAUUUAUCGUAAGGGGACAAUAUCUAUUUUUGAAAUAGAUGGCAAAGACCAUAAACUGUACUGUCAAAUGCUUUGCUUGAUGGCAAAAUUAUUUCUUGAUCAUAAAACACUAUAUUACGAUGUUGAACCAUUUUACUUUUAUGUGCUAUGUGAAAUCGACAGACGCGGAAUGCAUAUUGUUGGAUAUUUUUCUAAAGAAAAGGAAUCACCAGAAAACAAUAAUGUUGCAUGCAUUCUUAUAUUACCGCCAUAUCAACGCAAAGGGUAUGGAAAAUUGUUAAUUGCAUUUAGUUAUGAAUUAUCACGUCGCGAAGGAAUUAUUGGUAGCCCAGAGAAACCAUUAUCAGACCUAGGAAAAUUAAGCUAUCGUAGUUACUGGGCUUACACUUUACUGGAUUUUAUGAAAGAGUGUCGUACUACAACACAAAGUAUUAAAGAAUUGAGUGAAAUAAGUGGUAUUACUCAAGAUGAUAUUAUAUACACCCUUCAAUCUAUGAAAAUGGUGAAGUAUUGGAAGGGACAACAUGUUAUCUGUGUGACACCCAAAACAGUGAUCGAACAUCUGCAACUACCACAAUUUAGAAAACCAAAAUUAACAGUAGAUCCUGCAUUUCUACGAUGGGUUCCACCGAAACGAUUUCCAAUUGGAUCCAAAUUCAAAAAAUUACUAUAACUUAACUAUUGAAUAUAUUUUUAGAUUUAUAUAAGUUAAAUUUACUAUUUUUUAAUAUAUGUGCAUAUGUAAUUAGUCUUGGUAUUAAAA